AUGUCUCUUUCGUUGGCAGUCAAAUUAGAUGAGAAGCAAAAUGAUGGUGAGCAAACUCCACUCCUUCACUCAUGUCAAAUGGGUGAUUUACAUUUAACGAAAUCCCUCAUUGAAGGAGGUUGUAAUAGAGAUGUAGUUAGUAAGUAUGGAAAUAACUGUUUAGUAGUUGCAUCCAACUUUGGACAUAUUGACAUUGUUGAAUAUUUGAUUGAAAUCGGUUUUGACAUGAAUUGGCGAAACGAAGCUGAUGGAUUUAAUGCAAUACUUGUUGCAUCAGAAAAAGGUCAUCUUGAAAUUGUUAAAUAUCUUGAUAGCAUUGGAUGCGAUAUAAAUUCUAAAACAAAUACUAAUGCAAAUUGUAUUUACUUAGCAUCAUUACAUGGUCAUCUUGAUACAGUCAAAUAUCUUAUUUCGUGUGGAGUUGAUCCAAAUGAAAGAAAUAAUAAUGGAUUUGAUGCAAUACUUGCUGUAUCACAAGAAGGUCAUCUUGAAAUUGUUAAAUAUCUUCAGAGUAUUGGAUGUGAUGUAAAUUCUAAAACAAAUAAUAAUACAAAUUGCAUGUACUUAGCAUCAUUUAAAGGUCAUCUUGAUACGGUCAAAUAUCUUAUUUCAUGUGGAGUUGAUCCAAAUGAAAAAGAUAAUGAUGGAUUUAAUGCAAUACUUGCUGCAUCACAAGAAGGUCAUCUUGAAAUUGUUAAAUAUCUUCAAAGUAUUGGAUGUGAUGUAAAUUCUAAAACAAAUAAUAAUACAAAUUGCAUGUACUUAGCAUCAUUUAAAGGUCAUCUUGAUACGGUCAAAUAUCUUAUUUCAUGUGGAGUUGAUCCAAAUGAAAAAGAUGAUAAUGGAUUUAAUGCAAUACUUGUAGCAUCAUAUGCAGGUCAUCUUGAAGUCAUUAAAUAUCUCCUAAUGAAUGGGUGUAACAAAAAUGAUAAAACCAAUAAUAAUGUUACUUCACUUCAUUGGGCGGCUGCAAAUGGUCAUCUUGAUGUUGUUGAAUUUUUAAUUUCAAUUCGUGUCAACCUUAACGAAAAAAACAAAGAUGGAAAAACAGCACUUGAUUUAGCAAGAGAAAAUCAGGAUCAAAAUGAGAAUUACGAGGAGAUAAUAAAUCUUCUUCUUAAAUCAAUUUAA